AUGGACAAGUUCGAAAAAAACCAAGCGAAGGCAAAGGACCAUAUGGUGACAUGGAUGUGCACACAAGCGCGGUUAUGUCAGGUUGACACACCAGGUAAUCCUCUAAGUAAUGGGGGUGGACAACACACGCAUAGGGUUGAUCUUCAGGGUAUGACAUGCACAUGUGGAAAAUGGGAAGCAUACAAGAUGUCGUGUUCACACGUAAUAGCAAUUUGUGCUAAGUAUAAGCACGAUGUGCAACAAUUUAUUGAUCCUUGCUAUAGCGUGACUCAUAGGUACCAUAGCUAUGAACCGAUAUUCCAACUGUUGAAAGACAGAUUAGCAUGGCCGGAUCCAGAAGAAAUUAGAGUAGUGAUGCCCAAUCCGCAACUGAUCCGGAACAAGUGUUGGCCAAAGUCCACACGAAUCCACUAUGAGAUGGACGAGAAUGAUAGGGAGUUGCCAACCUCCCUAUGGAUCGAGAAUGGACCCAAGUCAAGAUGUGGGUUAUGUCACCAAGAGGGGCACAACCGUAGAACAUGUCCUACUCGAAAUGCGGAGUCAACUAGCGGUGGAGCUGCAUCAUAG